CCUCCGUCACGGGGACGCGCCCGCACUAACGCGCACACACCCGCCGCGCGGCCAGGCCACCGGCCAGCCUCUCUGCUUCUCUCUCCCCCUCUCUCUUCUCUCUCCCCGUCCUUUCUUACUCCGUUUUCCGUUAAAACCUUCGGUUCACGCUCGGUUUACCGUCGACCCCCCUCCCGGCCCUCCGGAGCAGCAGCAGGAGAACCGGACACCGGGCGGACAAACAGCCGGAUUACCGAGUUUCCGCCGUGAUUCUCCGCCCCGCAGCCCGCAGCGGGCCGCAACUUCCCCUCGGUCUGUUUCACUUUUUUUUUUUUUUUCACUUUUUCCCACCGACGGGAACGUUAACCAGACGGUGACGUCAGCCCCGUGAUAAGUGGCGGAGCAGCUGCCGCCGCCGUUACACCGGAGGAGACGACGUUAGUGAGUGUUUUAACUUUUCCUCACCGUGUGUGUGCGCGUGAGAGAGAGACGCAGCAGCGCCCCCACCCAACUUUCUGACUCUCAGCCCGUCUGUGUGUCCCGGUACCGACAGGCCCGGACCAGGACCAGGACCAGGACCAGGACCAGGACGGCUGUUUCACGGGCUGAACUCUCUGCACCGCCGUCCGCCUGUCUGUCUGUCUGUCUGUUUGUUUGUUUGUUUGGUUUUCUGAACGGAGAGAUGGGCACCGUGUAAACGGAACAGCGCGUGGCUUCCACGAGACUCACGGUUUCCUCUGGUCCGGUAGAGGUGGGGCGGGCGGAGCUGAGUGAUGGCGGGGGCGUCGGUGAAGGUGGCGGUGCGAGUCCGCCCGUUCAACUCCCGAGAGACUGGACGCAACGCCAAGUGUGUGAUCCAGAUGCAGGGAAACACCACCUGUAUCUCCAACCCCAAACAGGCCAAAGACGGAGCCAAGAACUUCACAUUCGACUAUUCCUACUGGUCACACACGACGGCGGAUGACCCCAGCUUUGCGUGUCAGAGGCAGGUGUAUAAGGACAUCGGAGAGGAGAUGCUGCUGCACUCCUUCGAAGGAUACAAUGUGUGUAUUUUUGCAUACGGCCAGACGGGUGCAGGGAAGAGCUACACGAUGAUGGGCAAACAGGAGCCUGGGCAGGAGGGGAUCAUCCCACAGCUGUGUGAGGACUUGUUUCAGAGAACAGGAGAGAACACUGAUCCAGACCUGACCUACUCCGUGGAGGUGUCCUACAUGGAGAUCUACUGCGAGCGGGUCCGGGAUCUGUUGAACCCAAAGUCCCAGGGGACUCUGCGGGUCCGGGAGCAUCCCAUCCUGGGUCCCUACGUGGAAGAUCUGUCCAAACUGGCCGUGACCGGAUUCACUGACAUCCGGGACCUGAUGGACGCCGGCAACAAAGCUCGGACGGUUGCGGCCACAAACAUGAAUGAGACGUCGUCCAGGUCACAUGCUGUCUUCACCAUCGUCUUCACCCAAAAAAGACGAGACCAGAUGACCAGCCUGGACACCGAGAAGGUCAGCAAGAUCAGUCUGGUCGACCUGGCUGGAAGCGAGCGAGCGGACUCCUCGGGGGCCAAAGGCACUCGACUCAAGGAAGGAGCGAACAUCAAUAAAUCUUUGACCACGUUGGGAAAAGUGAUAUCAGCUUUGGCCGAAAUGCAGAGCAAUAAGAAGAGGAAAAGUGAUUUUAUUCCCUACAGAGACUCUGUUCUCACCUGGCUACUGAAGGAAAACCUGGGAGGGAACUCUCGGACGGCCAUGAUUGCUGCUCUAAGUCCUGCUGACAUCAACUAUGAAGAAACACUGAGCACCCUGAGGUAUGCUGACCGCGCCAAACAGAUCCGUUGUAACGCUGUGAUCAAUGAAGAUCCAAACGCCAAACUAAUCAGAGAGCUGAAGGCUGAAGUGGAACAUCUGAGAAACCUGUUGUUCUCCCAGGGCCUGCAGGAGCUGCUGGACAACGCCGUCAACAACAACAACAACAACGGCCCCGGCGGUGUUGCAGGUGUGUCCCCCUCCCCGCUGAAGCUUGCACUCACAGCCAAUGGGCUCGCACAGAAUAAUGGCUCCGCCCCUUCAGGUGCCGAGCCGGCGUCUGCAGGCGGCGCGCCUGCUGACCCUGACCACCUGAUCGAGGACGGAGAGGAAGGAGACGAGGCGGAGUCUACGGAGCCCAUCAGUAAAGAGGAAGCGGCAGAGAGGCUGAUGGAGACGGAGAAGAUUAUCGCAGAGCUCAACGAGACGUGGGAAGAGAAACUAAGAAAGACAGAAUCUAUUCGUCUGGAGAGAGAGUCCCUGCUGGCAGAGAUGGGCGUGUCCAUUAAAGAAGAUGGAGGAACGCUGGGCGUCUUCUCUCCUAAAGGAACGCCUCACCUGGUCAACCUGAACGAAGACCCUCUGAUGUCCGAGUGUCUCCUCUACUACAUCAAGGAGGGAUUCACCAGGGUUGGACAGCAGGAUGUGGACAUUAAGCUGUCCGGACAUUUCAUAAAGGAGAUUCACUGUGUGUUUGUCAGCGAGAUCAACGAUCAGGGAGAAGUGGUCGUCACUCUGGAGCCGUUGGUCGGAGCGGAGACGUACGUCAACGGGAAGCAGAUCACCGAAGCUGUCGUCCUCAAACAAGGGAACCGCAUCGUGAUGGGGAAGAACCACGUGUUCCGGUUUAACCACCCGGAGCAGGCGCGGCUGGAGAGAGAGCGCAGCGUCACGGCCGAGCAGCAGGAGGAGCCGGAGGACUGGAACUACGCUCAGAAGGAGCUGCUGGAGAAGCAGGGCAUCGACAUCAAACUGGAGAUGGAGAAGAGACUGCAGGACAUGGAGAUUCAGUACCGGAAAGAGAAGGAGGAGGCUGAUCUGCUGCUGGAGCAACACAGACUGUAUGCAGACAGUGACAGCGGUGACGACUCGGACAAACGCUCCUGUGAGGAGAGCUGGAGGCUGAUCUCCUCCCUGAGAGAGAAACUACCUGCCAACAAGGUGCAGUCUAUAGUGAAGCGCUGCGGUCUGCCCAGCAGUGGGAAGAGGAGGGAGCCCCUCAGAGUCUAUCAGAUCCCUCAGAGGAGGAGGAUCAGCAAAGACCCCAAACGGGUCACCAUGGAGGACCUCCGCAUGCAGGCCGUCAAAGAGAUCUGCUAUGAGGUGGCUCUGGGAGACUUCCGUCACUCCCGUCAGGAGAUCGAAGCUCUGUCCAUCGUCAAGAUGAAGGAGCUCUGCCGCAUGUACUCCAAGAAAGACACCAACGAGAGGGAGAGCUGGAGGGCCGUGGCCCAGGACGUCUGCGACACCGUGGGCAUCGGAGAGGAGAGGAGCCCCCCCACAGAGGAGGGAGGAGGAGGAGGGGGAGGGGGAGGAGGAGGAGAGACAGGGGAGGGUGGACAGAAGAAAAACGUGUAUGACCUGAAGGCUCACAUCGAUAAACUGACCGAUAUUUUGGAGGAGGUGAAGCUGCAGAACAACAUGAAGGACGAGGAGAUCAAAGCUCUGAGAGACAGAAUGAUCAAGAUGGAGAGCAUCAUACCUGUGCAGGACGAUGAUGUGAAUGGCGAAGAGGGCGAGUCACCUCAGAGGGACGGGGACGGGGACGCCCCCCACAAGCCGGAGGUCAGAGUGAAGCAGCUGAUGGACGAGGACCCGGCGUUCAGGAGGGGACGCCUCCGCUGGCUGAAACAGGAGCAGCAGCGAAUCCUGAACCUGCAGCAGCAGAACAUCACCAAGAAACUGCGGGGACAAAACCAAACCCAGGGUCCGAACUCCCCCGUUGUCCCCGUUCAUCUCCCUGGAACCGGCCGCUUCAUCCCUCCACAGGAAUGCAAGCUCAAGUUCCCCUUUAAGAGUAACCCCGCCCACAGGUUGUCAUGGGGACCAGCCAGUGCCGCCCUGCAGGCUCUGGGUCUGGGGGGAGGAGGAGGAGGGGAUGGGGGAGAGCAGAGGGAGGAAGGAGGAGGAGGAGUGGAGGGUAAAAGCUCUCCCUCACCUCCUCCUCUCCUUCAGGGUCCAUCUCCUGGUCUCUUGCCCCUCCCCUUUGUGCCCCCGCCCCCUCGCAUGCGCACCCCCAGCCCUCAUCGCGCCUGGCAACAGCGCAACCAAGGCAACCAGGGUAACCAGGGCAGCUUCUUCUACCACCACCACCAGGGCAACAACCAAAACCAGCAGCGCCGCUACCGCCGCAACUCUCUGGACAGCUCCACCCACGGCAGCAGCAACUACGAAAACGACCAGCAUCACGGCGGCGGUGGUCACCAGGGGCGACCGAGACAGAGGAGGGUGUCGCCCGGGCCAGGAGGGGAGAGAGGAGGUGGGAGAGUAGGAGGAGGAGGGAGGGACAGAGACAGAGACGGAGGCUUUAAUUACCAUCAACACCAGCACCAUCAGUACCAUCACCAUCCCUACUUCAACCCCCACAAUGCACCAUUCCAGCCAGGACCUCACCCCAACUACCACAGCCUGCCGCGCUCCGGGAUCCCGCCCCCUCCGCCUGACAUGCUGUUGCGGGUGGGACCGCCGCAGGGGGGGUGGGGCUUCACCACCCCCCCUCGGAUGAGACGGCAGUUCAGCGCACCGGACCUCAAAAACAACAACAAGGAGACCCCCAUCUGACCUCGGACCCCAGGGAGGUCUCUGAUUGGCUACGGGACACACGGCGGUCCUGAUGCUGUAGAGUACCGUGUGUGUGUGUGUGUCAUCCCGUCACACACCAACCAGCGUCACACACAUCCUGUAUCUUCAAUCCUGCUGUGUGUGUGUGUGUGUGUGUGUGUGUGUGUGUGUGUGUAGCGCCUAGCCUUUACGUUAGCAUGGGUUAGCUGUUUUAGGAAAAGUGGAUUCUUUUAGCUAGUUUUUUUUUUUUUAGCUGGUUGUCAAACAGGAUGGAAGUUUAUUACUUAAUGAUUUAGUUUUAUUGAUUUCAUUGAUUGCUGAUAUUCUUGUCUCGGUCAUUUAUAACGAGGUGCCUUAAAGCCGAAGUGUUAGCCCCGCCCACGCGGCUAGCUACUGUUAGCAGAAGUCUCCUGUUGAAGCUGUUUUUUUACUUAAAGAUGGAGUGCUUGCCCAUUUCUCUGUCGGCCAGUUGUUGGACCCCUCUGGAUACUGAGGUUUAUAGUUAGUUUUCGGGAUGUGCAGUGUGGGUGCGGGGCAGGGCUGUGCUCCGGUUUGUUCUGGGUUUGUG